UUAUUUCAUAAAUCAAACUUACGGAGGAAUCCGAGAUAGCCGAUGUAUCACGAUUGGUCUUUGUGUAAGUUAAUUUUCUUGAGCUUCAAUACGCGAAGUGACCUCUUGACCCUAUUCCCGCGCUUUCGAAGUCACGUGGGCAAAUAAAGAAAACGACAACACUGUGCUGAAAACUACCACACACUUUAACAUCAAACAACGCACGCAAUGGCUGAGGAACCAUCUUCUGAACCAUUCUCUUCUGCAACCAGUCCGGCAAGAUCCAGAAGGAGUCGUGACCCAAUCACUUCCAGUCCAGGCAGGGACCUCCCACCGUUUGAAGAUGAGUCGGAACUACUUGGGGAUGAUGAGCCUGCGCAGGAGGAGGAGGACGGGGAGGAGCUGUUUGGGGAUAACAUGGAAAGAGAUUAUCGGCCUAUGCCAGAGUUGGAUGUGUAUGAUCGGGAGGUAAUGGAUGAUGAGGACUAUUCAGACCUGUCUGAGAGUCAGCGUCAGGCUGCUGAACGAGAGUUGCAUCAACGUGAUAGGGAGGAGGGACGGUUAACUGGUCGCAUGAGGCGCGGUCUCAUGUAUGAUGAGUCGGAUGAGGAAGAGGAGGACAGACCAAGGAAACGCCGCGCUGCAGAACGAGCUGCAGAAGGAGAGAUGGAGGAUGAGGAGAUGAUUGAAAGUAUUGAAAACCUCGAAGACAUGAAAGGGCAUUCUGUUAGAGAGUGGGUGUCCAUGCUGGCUCCUAAAACUGAGAUAAAAAACCGCUUUAAGAACUUCUUGAGAACAUUCGUUGACUCCAAGGGCCACAACGUGUACAGAGAGAAAAUUCGACAGAUGGUGGAAGGUAACAAGGAGAGCCUGGUGAUAGACUACAACAUGUUGGCCUCUGUUGAACAAGUGCUUGCCUACUUCUUGCCAGAGGCCCCAACUGAGAUGCUGCAAAACUUUGAUGAGGCUGCAAAAGAAGUUGUGUUGAGCAUGUACCCAAAUUAUGAAAGGAUUGCCAAGGAAAUUCAUGUCCGAAUUGCUGAACUUCCACUCAUUGAAGAGUUGCGUUCACUGAGGCAGUUGCACCUGAACCAGCUGAUCCGUACGAGUGGCGUGGUGACGAGCUGCACAGGGGUGCUUCCUCAGUUGAACGUGAUCAAGUAUGACUGUAACAAGUGUAACUACGUUCUCGGUCCCUACUACCAGUCCCAGUCGCAAGAGGUGAAGGCCGGGUCUUGUCCGGAGUGCCAGUCCACUGGGCCUUUCGAAAUUAAUAUGGAACAGACCUUGUAUAAGAACUAUCAAAGAAUCACUUUACAAGAGAGCCCUGGCAAGGUACCUGCUGGGCGACUGCCAAGGUCCAAGGAUGCCAUUCUACUGGAUGAUUUGACAGACAACUGUAAACCUGGAGAUGAAAUAGAAAUGACCGGUGUCUACCAUAACAACUAUGAUGGGUCUCUAAACACUGCCAAUGGUUUCCCAGUGUUUGCCACAGUGAUACAGGCAAACUACAUCACAAAGAAAGAUGAUAAACUAGCCGUGGCCAGUCUCACUGAUGAAGAUAUCAAGGCUAUCGUGCAGUUGUCGAAAGAUGAACGGAUUGGAGAAAGGAUAUUUGCCAGCAUGGCUCCAUCCAUAUAUGACCACGAGGAUAUCAAGCGAGCCCUAGCCCUGGCCAUAUUCGGUGGGGAGGCAAAAAAUCCUGGCGGCAAACACAAAGUCAGAGGUGACAUAAACGUCCUCAUCUGCGGAGAUCCAGGAACUGCGAAAUCUCAGUUCCUAAAAUACAUUGAGAAGACUGCCCCGCGUGUUGUGUACACUACCGGCCAGGGGGCGUCAGCGGUGGGUUUGACAGCAUACGUGCAGAGGAAUCCCGUUUCAAAGGAGUGGACACUGGAGGCAGGCGCCCUGGUGCUGGCAGACAAGGGAAUCUGUCUCAUUGACGAGUUUGACAAGAUGAAUGACCAGGACCGUACCAGUAUCCAUGAGGCCAUGGAGCAGCAGAGUAUCUCUAUAUCCAAGGCAGGCAUUGUCACCUCCCUCCAGGCCAGGUGUGCCGUGCUGGCUGCGGCCAACCCUAUAGGUGGAAGAUACGACCCGGCACUUACAUUCGCAGAAAAUGUUGAUCUGACUGAGCCCAUUCUGUCCAGAUUUGACAUCCUGUGUGUGGUGAGGGACACUGUGGACGCUGUACAGGACGAGAGACUAGCACGCUUUGUGACUGGCAGCCAUAUGAAGCACCAUCCAAAUGCGACCGAGGCUGAGCAGGAUGAAAACCUGAAUCUGCUGAACACCAACUCCAGUGUUGAGCCUAUUCCCCAAGACCUGCUCAAGAAGUAUAUCAUCUAUGCCAAGGAGAAGACGCACCCUCGGUUGAAUAAGAUGGACCAGGAUAAGGUUGCCAAAAUGUAUGCAGAGCUUCGACGGGAAUCUAUGGCAACGAACAGCAUCCCUAUCACUGUGCGUCACAUUGAGUCAAUGAUACGCAUGGCAGAGUCUCACGCCAAGAUGCACCUGCGUGACUAUGUGAAUGAGGAGGACGUGAACAUGGCCAUGCGCAUCAUGCUGGAGAGUUUCAUCAGCACGCAGAAGUUCAGCGUGAUGAGAUCCAUGAGGAAGACAUUUGGCCGGUACCUGGCAUUCAAGAAGGACAACAAUGAGCUGCUGCUGUUCAUCUUGAAGCAGCUGGCCCAGGACCAGAUGUCCUUCCAGAGGAACCGGUACGGACAGGAACAGGAAAUUAUUGAGAUCUCCUGCAAGGACCUUGCUGACAAGGCUCGUCAGAUCAACAUCACAAACCUCGCAACCUUUUAUGAAAGUGACACCUUCAAGUCGAACAGAUUUUCCUACGACAGCAAACGCAACCUUGUCAUACAGAACAUAUAAGUUGGUGAUGAUGUGGAAAAUCAUAUUUUUUAUCACUUGUAAUAUGUGUUUAUUAAGAUACACGCAUAUGUGACAAAAAUAACAUUAAAUAUUUAAUGAAUAUCUGGAAAGUGAAUCACUGGGAAUUGCAACCUGAAAUAUAUUUUUAAGCUCCACUGGCCAGAGGCCAGCGGGGCUUAUGUCAUGGGCCCGUAUUCACCAAACAAUUCUUAGACUUAAGUCUAAAAAUAAAGAAAAUUCUUUAAAUAAGAAUAUUCAGAAUUUCUUUAAUUUUGAGUCAAACUCUGCAGUAAACAUCUCUAUCUAUAUUAUUCUUCAUAUAGAACAUUUUGUUAAUGACAUAAUCACCAGUGGAAGCCUGUAUAUAUUCAAACACUGAACACAUUUUUCUUGGUUCUAAGUCUAUUCUUUAUUCUUAAGUCUAAUAAUCGGUUGGUGAAUACGGGCCAUGGUCCUGUGUCCGUCGUGCGUGCGUCCGUCCAGCGUUAACUUUUUCUUUAAACAUCUCCUAAACUACUGGUCCAAUUCUGAUGAAAUUUCUCAGGAAUGUUCCUGGGGUGAACCUCUUUCAAAUUUAUUCAAAUUAUGGCCCUGGGGUCAAAUUUGACCCUGCCCCCGGGGGGUCAGAAAAUUGAAAAUUUGCUUAUAUAAGGCCUAUUUUGUGAAAACUUUAAAAAUCUUCUUGUCCAUAAUCAUUGGGCCUAGGGCUAUUAAAUUUGGUAUGUAGUGACAUCUUGUAGUCCUCUACCAAGUUUCUUCAAAUUAUGCCCCUGGGGUCAAAUUUGACCCUGCCCUGGGGGUCAGAAAAUUGAAAUAUGCUUAUAUAAGAAAGAACGACAAUAUCUUUUGGAGAGAUAAAUGUACCUACGUAAUAAGCAAAGGACCUGUGCAACAAUUCCCGGGCUUUUAAGUCUGUUAAGUUACCAUGGUAGUAACUUUUUCCAUAUAUAAAAAAGCUCACCCAACUUUUAAUGCCCAGUGGGACAAGGGAUAGAAAGAGAAAGUCACAUGCUUGGAUGCAUUUAAACCCAUGCGCAUUGCAUGUUUUUUUCGCAUAAAAAAGCAGUGGAGCGAUACAUGGCCCUCUUGUUUUGUAUUUUCUUUUGUUACUAAUGUAAUGAGUAUUUGUGAUGAAAAGCUCCCUUAAUGUGCAUUGAAAGCGAUUGCAUAUUGUAAAAUUGUAAUUUGAAUAACAUGUGUACAUGCCCUUGCUGAUGUUUUUGUGGAAGUGCGGUGCAUGUCAUCCGAUGAUACGCAACCUAGUGCUUAUUAUUCACCUUGAAUAGUGUGUUCAGCCACCUUGUGUUCUUUCAUUUUGCUCAUUUUUGUCCACAGAUUUAGAUCUGGCGUACUGCUUCAAAGAUCUUUUUACACACAUGUAAUGAACUUAAAAUCAUGUUGUUCACGUAUUUACUUGUUUACAACAAUUUCAUUAAGUUCUAGCAACCACUCAAUGUUUAAAAAAAACAUGUUAACAUACUUUGUGUUGCGGAUAUAUUUAUAAGAGAAUAAAAUAUAAAAUAACAA